AUGAUAUCAACAAAAAUUAGAAGGGAAUUCAAAUUGGUAUACAGAGAUCCUGAGUCCAAUUACUCUGCACUUGAUUUUACUGGAACAGGAAAAAUUUCUAUUAGAACAUUUUUAGAUAACGUCAUAGUUAAGAGACUUAAGCUAGAUGAAGAGGAUAUCAUUAAAUGGUUGAUUAGGGAUAAAAUAUUUCCUGAUAGAAACUCAGAGAUUGACUUUCAAUAGCUAAAGAUUAAAUUCUUUCCAGAGUAUUACUUAAUAGAGGAUGUUAAUGAGUAUGAGAUCAAUGACCAUAAAAAAGAAGAUUAGAUCCUAUUUUAAGACGCUUGUGAUAAAAAUAUAACUCAUCAUUAUGAAAAUUCUCAAGGGGAUAAGAAAAAAAUUGUGGUUUAGAGGUUAUAAGACCUAGAAUUGCAACUAAAACAUAGAUUUUAGCAUAAUUGGGAAUCAGUUAGAAGGGCCUUUCUUGACUUAGAUUAUGACCAUGAUGGCUUUAUUACUUCCUAGGACAUCAUUAGGUACUUUGGGCAAGGGAGCAAAGAUAUUGAUUUCAAUGACCUUACAAAACUCAUGAAGGAUAAAGACUCUAAAAAGAAAGGAUAUUUGAGCUAUGCAGAUUUCUCAUCAUGGAUGGGUGUUGUAAUCCAUUAAAGCGAAGGUUUUUAUUUUAGACAUGAUUCUAUAAAAAAUCCUCCUUUCGAAGGUCAUUAAUAAGUCAAGCAAGAGAAGCUCAAAACUAAAUCAGGAAUCUUGAGUUUAGAUGUGGAGAAGACUGUUAUAGAUAAAAUACGUUUCUAAUGGAAGACUCUUAAAAAGGCUUUCAUAGAUUUGAAUAAGGAAAAAACUGGCUCUAUAAUGCCUAUGGAACUUAAAAAUUAUCUUAAGCACUGGGGAAUAUACUUAAACGAGGAAUAAUUCAAGCUACUAUUUGAUAAAUUUGACUCAGACAAAGAUGGAAAAAUUACUUAUGAAGAUUUUUAAAAUACAGUUGGAAAUGAAAUUAACCCUCCUGAACAUUUGUAUUUCAGGCAAGAUAUGCGAAGAAUACCAAGACCAGUAGCAUGUAAAAAUGAAGAUUGUCUUUAACCACCUACUGCAGUAUCGGAGUAUUGUCAAAUGCACAUAAAAAUGAUGUAAAAUAAGAGUAUUAAGAUUAUUCAAAGGAUAAGAACCCAGCUUGGUAUUAAGUGGCCUUAGUUAUUGAAUAAUAUCCAGAGGUAGGCUGAUAAAGAUGAUGAAAACUUGAUAUAUCUUGAUAAGUUUGUUGACAUUUUAUAGAGAAUAUAUUAAAUUGAGCUCUCACAAGAAGAUUAAAACUUGAUAUUAAAUGGUUUUAUAGCUAAGUCAAUCGAAAAACAGCCUAAAAUUAACAUUAGUCAUAUUUUAUAGCUGUAAAACACUAGUAAAAUAAAAAAGCUUUAUAAAUAAAUUGAUUUAAAUGAGGAGGAACAGGAAGAUGCCUAGUUUGUUGAUAUGUCUGGCUAUUUUGGAAAGUUUUAUAGAUAAAACGUAAAGUUAAAUUAAAUAACUAUCGACGAAUUUGUUAAUGUUAUUGUGAAAGAUAAUAAACUGGCUUCAAUAAUGAGAUGUAUAAAAUAAAUUGACAAGGAUAAUAAUGGAUAUGUAACUAAUUAAGAACUUGAUGAUAUUUUAAAAUAUAUAUACCCGGAAUAAUUUGGAGAUAAGGAUCUUAAGAGACUUUUUAGAACAUUCUCAAGUAUUUAAAAUACUAUUUUGAUUGAUUACAAAAAAUUAAGAGACUUCCUCUUACAAAAGAUUAAUGAGUCUAAAUAGAAAUUAUAUCCUGACCAUAUUCAUCACGAGAAAUCUAAUGAUAAGGAGAAAAGUUUUGAUAAAAAAGAGUUAAAUUACAUUAAUUAUGUGCUAGAUAAACAGUAAAGGUUUUUGAUUUCAUAAGAACCGCUAUAUAAAAAAUCUAUGAAAUUGAAUCUUUUUGCAAACAAAACUUUUAAUCCAAAUUAGAGUCAGAGUUCAGAGUUAAAUAAAGAUUAAAUAUCUAUUAAGUAUGUUCAUAGUCUGUUUGAUUAGAAGAAAACUGAAGACUAAGUUAAGAAUACAAUCCAAGCAUAGUCAAAGAUCUAACCAGCUCUAAUUGGAAAUAGAGAUUGA